AUGUCUAAGGGGACGCUCCAUCGAUAUCUUGAUGGUAAGAUACGGGAUGACAAGUACCUCCUGCUGUAUAACGUGGCGAACGGCCUACACUACUUACAUUCGGAAUCUGUGGUGCACGGAGACCUCACGAGUAUGAAUGUGUUGAUCGACGAGAAAGGUCAAGCGUGCCUCGCUGAUUUUGGGUUGUCAUCCAUGGUCAAGAUAGGUGAAGAUUUCGAAUACCUCCGUCCCCACGUGAAACAGCAUGGAGCUUUCAGUUGGUCAGCACCUGAAUUAAUCAGUUUCGAUGGAGAUGAAGAUGAAGAUGGAGUUAAGGGUUACGAGAGAUAUAUGCCAUCUCCUUCAAGUGACAUGUAUUCUUAUGGCUGCAUCAUGUUUGAGGUUCUUUCCGGCAAAGUUCCUAAGGUGACGCUCAGGUGUGCCAUGGAAGGAAAGACACCUGAGCGUCCACAAGCCGUGCGGGAUGAGGAUUGGAUAUUUAUAUUACAAUGUUGGCUGUCGCUCCCAUCCCUUCGACCUGUCGCAUCGCAAGCACUUAAAUUCGCUGGAACUCUAGCUCACCCGUCCAUCCCCACAGAAUCUGCCGAGACGUCCAGUCAAGCUUCAAUAUACACUGCACAUCUUGAUGACGCAAACGUCUACAACUUAUCUUCACUGGUACCUUCACAUACGCAGCCGGCAUUUUUGAACCCUGAAGCAUGCUGGAAAUCGGUUCAUAAGCUGGCGAAAGCACUCCUUGACCUAUUCAAAAAAACUAUCCGAGGGGACCAGCGUCUCCUUAAUGAUGCCAUCCAGCUGUACCAUGUUUCCCUCGCCACACUCCCACCCACUCCCAUACCUUCUUCACUCCACGAAGUUAUUGCGGCCAUCCCUCAGAUUGGCACUGGGCGAAGAGAUGAUGAGAAUUCGGAUGCAAUUGAACGCCUUCGCCUUCGCAUGGAAUCGGUCGAUGUCAACGAUCCCUUUCAUUUCACGGGUUCCAGCUACCUUAGCCUUGUCGAUAUAGCCAGGCACAUAACAGACAAAGGUUCAGAUUCCAUUUCCAGCGCCAAAAUUUGGUACAGAAAAUCCUUCGGUGAUACCAUCAGUGGUGUAUUAUGCCGCUUACAGAUAGCGCUGGCGUGUGCCCGGAUCGCCGAAAAGGUUAAGGGGGAGGAUAAGUUCAGGCUUGAGGCAUACGAAAUGUCUCUCCAGCUAUUGCAAUCACAUAUAUCUGCAACGCCCACCCUGACAUGGGCGGUGGAGCAUCUCUCGACUUCUCUUGCAGUCGAUGCGGCAGCGACGGCACUGGGUAUAAAACAAGUGAACAAAGCUGUGGAGUUGUUGGAGUGGGGGAGAGAGCUACUGUGGACAUAUAUCGCGCGGUCUCGCACCAGCAAAAAAGAAGAGGAACAGGAGGAGAAAAAGCAAAAGGAACAGGAGAAGGAGAAGGACCAAGAAGAAGAUGGUAAAAAGAUCUCGAAAGUGGAGCAACUGAACUUGCUUGUGAGUGGUGUACUAGACACCUCACAAGAAACUUCCAGCCACAAAAGCGCCGUCGUGCCUAAUGCAAAAGUACACGAAAUACGGGAGGCGGAGGGUACACCACGCUCACAUCCUCAAAUAUCUGAUCUGCUGAAAGCAACGCAGGAUGGCCCGGUGGUCAUGCUCAUCGCAAGCAGACGAUCAUGUGAUGCUAUCAUCGUAUCCAACGCGUACCCCAAGCCGCUUCAUGUACAGCUGGAGAUAACCUUCAGCUGUCUCGCAGAGUUGUCGACUACUUUCCAAGCUUGCACCUCUUCAGUGUCAGAAGACCCUGACUCGGUAGAAGACAAGCUGAAAGAGAUACUCUGCUGCCUGUGGUAUGAUGUUGUGGUUCCGGUGAUCGCUCAGUUGAAAGAGAAAAUUCCACCGGGGCGUAACUCUCGAAUAUGGUGGUGCCCCACUUCGGUUUUCUCCACCUUGCCGGUGCAUGCGGCAGGGGAUUACACUGUGGAAGGGGAACAAUUGCCACAGCAGUACGUUUCAUCCUACACUUCCUCUAUCUCGUCACUAGUUCGCGCUCGCAAUUGCGCGGACCAUCCUGUGUCAUCUUCGAAGUUUGCUGCAAUUUACCAAGCAAAACCACUUGAAAAUGACGAAGGGAAGGAAGUUGAAUAUCCUGCGAUCGAAUUCGCAGAAAUGGAGCCUGAGAUGGUGAAACGCAACUUACCCCCGUCACUCUUCUUCACAAGAUUCCCCGAUGCAACAAAGGAGGACGCUGUUGAGGCCUUCAAAGACCAUGGAUGGUUCCAUCUGGUAGCUUAUGCUACACAGAAUGCUUAUCAACCAUUUAAUUCCUCCUUUUUAAUGCGCGACGGCUUGCUGUCGCUUCCCGACAUCCCCCUGGCCUGCUCUGAGCCAAAGGAGUUUGCCUUCCUUUCUGCGAGACCAGUUGGAUCACGGUUCAGAUGGAUGCAGAACGAGACUACCCAGUUUGCUGCUGGGUUGCAAUUUUCUGGAUUCAAAAGCGUUAUCGGAACAAUGGGAAACUUGAAUGACUCCGAGGCCUAUGAAAUCAUCAAUAAAUUCUACAAGGCGAUCUUUUGUACUGAGAUCCUAGAUUGUGCCCGGGCCGCGCGAGCGUUGCAUGAUACUCUGGAGGAAAUGGCUAAGAGUGAGUUGUCUUUCAGACAAAGAAUCGCCUUUGCACAUUUCGGACUAUAG